AUGGAGCCGGGCCCCGCUGGGCCCCCGGGCCGGGGACUGCGCCGCGGGCGGCGGCGGCGGCUGCUACUGCUGGCGGCCGGGCUGAGCUGCACCGUGCUGGUCCUGUACACCUGCCUGCAGGAGCUGCCCCCGCUGGACGCGGGGCCCGGCCGGAGUCGGACGCGGCCCCCGCCGGAGGUGACGGUGCUGCUGUGGUGGGAGCCCUUCGGCCAUCGCCGCCACAUGGCCGACUGCCAGCGGCGCUUCAACAUCAGCGGCUGCCGGCCCAGCGCCGACCGCAGCCGCUACCAGGAGGCGCAGGCUGUGAUCUUCCACCACCGGGACUUCGUCCUCCACGGCCUGGGCCAGCUGCCCGCCGGGCCCCCGCAGCGCCCCCCGACCCAGCGGUGGGUGUGGAUGAACUUCGAGUCCCCCUCGCACUCGCCCGGGCUCAGGGACCUGGCUGGCAUCUUCAACUGGACCAUGUCCUACCGGGUGGACUCGGACAUCUUCGUGCCCUACGGGUACCUUCGUGCCAGGCGGGGGUCCCCGCGCUUCAGCCUGCCCCGCAAGACCAAGCUGGUGGCCUGGGUCAUCAGCAACUGGAACGAGGCGCAUGCCAGGGUGCGCUACUACCACCAGCUGAGGAAGUACGUCCCCAUCGACGUGUAUGGGGCACAAGGCCUGGCGCUGGAGGAGGGCAGCAUGGUCAGGACCGUCUCCCAGUACAAGUUCUACCUGGCCUUUGAAAACUCCCAGCACACCGACUACAUCACCGAGAAGCUGUGGCGGAAUGCCUUCAAAUCCAGCGCUGUGCCCAUCGUGCUGGGCCCUCCCAGGUCCAACUACGAGCUUUUUAUCCCGCCCGACUCCUUCAUCCACAUCGACGACUUCCCCAGCCCUAGGAAGUUAGCCAUCUACCUGAAAUUCCUCGACCAAAACAAACCCCUCUACGGGCGGUACUUCGCCUGGAGGGACAAAUAUGAUGUUCAUAUGACUUCGUUCUGGGAUGAGCAAUAUUGCAAGGUUUGUGAGGCUGUCAGGACAGCUGGGGAUCAACUCAAGACCAUACAAAAUUUGGCCAGCUGGUUUGAAAGCUGA